UGGAAAAGCACCCCCCGGACCCCACGCCGUCCCGCCACCAGCGCUCUUCCCGCCUCGAGACCCCCUGCAUCGUGUUCCCAGCCCCAAGUUUCCCCUGAACCCCCGCCCGUCCCCUCCAAAGCCAUCAUGUCCGUGCUGAGAGACCACUACUAUGCGCUCGCGUCCGAGGUCCAGCAGGAGCGCAUUGAUGCCGCCACCAGAUUGUUGUCUGAGCUUGCCAAAGCAGACAAAACCGACGAAUGGGACUACGCCUUGGGCAGGCUCAUCAAGGGCUUGGCCACGUCGCGGCAGCUGGCGCGCUUCGGCUUUUCCAUGGCGUUGACGGAGCUCGUGCGAGAACUCGUGUGCAAGCCCGACUACGACUUGUCCGUCGCCGGCUUCUUGGACCGCGUGGCGGCCGCCACCGCCGUGGCCGCGUCCAUGAAGGGCAAGGACGUACGACAGACGCUUUUCGGGCGCCUUUUCGGGUUCCAGGCCUUGGUCAACUCGCAGCUUCUAUUGGAGCCGCAGCACUCGUCGCCCGACACGUUGGCCAAGUUCGUGCACAUGCUCGUGGAGCUCGCGGGUACCAAGUCGUGGUUGCGCGAGACGGCCAUGUUCACGUUGUGCCAGUUUGUCGCCGCGUACUUGCAGUCGCCGCUCGCCUGCGACGACUCCACCGUGGCCUUCUUGCAGGCCGUCAGUGACCAGGGCUUGACGUUCACCACCGAGGGCUUGGCCGUGUUGAUGACCAUCCCCCCGCAGUCCCGUGCGCGGCUCGUGGCGCGCGUGGAUGCCCUCAAGCUGUGGAAGCACGCGGAGCCCAUGGCCCGCGGCAACUUGCCCACCUUGGCCCAGGUGCUCAAGGACGUGGAUGUGGUGGACGAGCCCGAAGACACGGAGCCCGCCGCGGAGCCCGCCGCCCGGCCCGCGCCCAAGGCCGCCAAGCAAAAGGGCACGUGGUCGCCCCGCCUCCCGUUUGUGUGGGAUCUCUUGGUCCAGCACUUCGUGGGCGACGACGGCGCCGCGGCCGACGACGCCGCGGUGGACGGCGCCUCGAAAAAACGCAAGAAGAGCGCCGGCCCGGCCCCGAAGAAAAAGGCCCGCACGGCCGCGCCCGUGGAGUACAUCCCGUUCCGGGAGUUCUGGAAGGUCGCGGUGGACGACUCGAUGUUUGCGGAGAAGGCCUCUGCGGAGCGCAAGUUCUGGGGCUUCGAGCUCUUCAACAAGUUCGUGGCCAGCCUCCCGGGCCCCAUGGUGCCGCACUUGUUCACGCCCAACUUGAUGCGCUGCCUCAUCAACCAGGCCGCGCAGCCCAACAGGCUCCUCAACAAGAUCUCCACCAAGACCAUCAACAAGACCAUCGAGACUGCGCACGCGGACUUGCUGAAGGUGGUGCCGUGCCUCGCCGCGGUGUUGGACGAGUCGCGGGGCGGCGGCUGGAAGUUCGACCAGCUCACCAAGCUGAAGUUGACCGACGCUCUUGUGGGGGUGUUGGGCUACCUCGAGGCGCCGGCAGACAUCCCGCACGCCACGGUGGAGGGCCUUGUGGCGGACAUUGCGCGUGUGCUCAUCGCCAAGUUCAACGUGGCGUUGCAGGCCCAGAGGGACACGGACAAGACCGCGCCCGACGCCCCGGCCAUCAAGAUGUCCAACGACAACAUUCUCAAGUGGGUGUUGGACAAGCUCUUGGUGUUGUUCCGCAGCACGAAGCGGUACGGCGCCGACUUGGCCGCGCCCAUGGAGAGCGUGUUCAAGUUCUUGCUCCAGCACGCGUUCUUCACGCACACGAGCGCGGCCAACGUGUCGCCCAACGUGUUGAAGUUGGUCCAGGACCGCCUCAACUCGUUCUUGGCCGAGUCCAUCGCGCAGAAGAGAAAGGGCCACUCCUGGUCCUUGUACUGCGUCAAGCAGAUCGACAAGCUCGAGAAGCGCGACGAACUCGAGUUGGUGUUGCAGCUCUCCGACGAGCUCUCGGCCAUCAAAACCGAGUGCUUCAGCAUGUUGGACACCAUCAAGCACGCCAUGAAAAAGAGCCAGGCCGCGAAGAACGACCAGUACUGCUUCGAGCUUCUUUUCUCCAUGAACUUGCUCCAGCUCUACAUGGGUGAAACCGAAACCGUGGGGGUGCUUGAGGACUUGAAGGCCACCUACGUCGACAUCUUCGGCAACACCGACGACGACGUCGACACGUCCGUGGUCUUGACCGAGAUCAUUCUCUCGUUCGUGUCGCGGAAAUCCGCCUUGCUCAAGAAGUUGUCCGGCAUUGUAUGGGAAUCAUACAUGUGUGCCGAGAACGCCGAGGGCCAGCUCAACAUCAACGCCAACUGCUUCAAGUUAUUGUUCGACGUCUUGCACUCGCGGGAAAAUGAGGAGGGCCAGAAGAAGUUGUUCGAAGGCGAGGACGAGUAUCAGGGUGAGGACGCCGAGGAGGGAGAAGCCGGAACAAGCGACGACGCCAAUUCCGAAUCCGAGGAUAGCACUGAUAGUGACACCGACAGUGCCAGCGACACUGGCGACAGCGAGCUGCCGGCUGAGGGUGCCAAGCUGAUCGAGAUGGUGGAGCAGGAAACCACCAAGAAGUUGGCCAAUGCCUUGGGAAUAAAAGGCGACUACGAUGGCGAAGUCAAGUUCAGUGACAUUGAUUCGGACGACGAUGACCAGUACGAGUCCGAGUCCAUGGAUGACGAACAGAUGAUGGCCAUCGACGGCGAGCUUGCCAAGAUUUUUAAAGAAAGGCGCUCGGCACUCACCCAAAACAGCACCAGCAAGAAAAACUCCGAGAAAGAGAUGGCCAAGGAACAGAUGCUUUUGUUCAAAAACAGGGUGUUGGACUUGUUGGACUCCUUCAGCAAGGUGCAGCAGAACUCCGUGUACAACAUCACCUUUAUCCGGCCUAUUGUCACGGUUAUGAAUAUGACCAAGGACAAGAACUUAGGCGUCAAGGCACACAAGCUCUUGAAGACCCGUAUCAGCAAACUGAAGUGCACCGAGGAAGAAGUGAAGAAGAUCUAUAAGACCGACGAAGAAAUUGCCAAGUUCAAGAAAACACUUUUGGACUUGAUCAGUUGGCUCCAAUUGCAGGCCGGGUCAUACUCGUCAAGUCAGGCCCAUAGUGCAGCUUGUGCCCAGUCUUGUAUCAUUGCGUCGAAAUGCUUGCUUGCGGUGGAUGUUGACUCGUUGCCAGAGAUCAUUCAAAUAUACUGCUCCACGCUCACCAAGUGGGCCACCGAACCGAAAAACAGGAUCCAAGCCAGCUUGUUUUUUGACUUUAUUAACUGGCUCAGUACCAAGAGAUCGAGCCACAAUUAGCGUGCGUUUUUGUGCAUGAGGACGCUCAAAAGUAUACUUGUGUUUCUCUAGUUGUGGCUAUCAAGCACCGCUACUCCGUCAUAUGUGAAAUGUCCAUAGUUUUUCGAAAGCACUCCAGAUCAUGAUGAAGUUUUGCCCAGUAUAAUUGAAAUAUCGUCAAAUUGCGGUCUUGUAGCAGAGGAAGAAAUGAAGUAGGGAUCAGAGAGAAUUUGCAUUUGAUGCCUCGAGCUUUAGUAAUGGGCAAAACAUCCAAGUCAAUAUGGCUUGUAACAAGCAACUAACUUAAAAAAGAAAAAAAAAAGGUGUCUAAUGCCACUGCACUAGCACCAUACAAAUUCUGACCAGAUGAUACGGAGAGGAUGUUUCUAGAAUAUCCUGAAAUAGCCACGAAAUUGAAUUGGUCGCCAGGUAACCAGAGAAAAAGUAUAUUUAUUUAUUUACAGUUGUUUCCCCUCU